AAGCAAUAUGCGUUUUACGACUUGGUGCUCAGAACUCCAUCGCACCCUUCGCACCCCAUAGAAGCCAGUAUGAUGUCAGCACUGGACUAUCAAGAACUCAAGAAAACUUCAAAAACUACUUUUGAAGGCAACUACAAUUUACAUGAGCUUACACGAGAAGAGAAAAUUGCAAGAGUUUUUGGAAACAGAAUCAAAGGAGAAGCUCCUCGUUCCUCUAGUAGACUUCUUCGAGGAGAACCUAAAGUUAUCGCAGGUGUUACUGUGCCAGAAAGACCCAUAGAGCCUGAUAAUUGCUGUAUGAGUGGCUGUAUCAACUGUGUGUGGGAGCUAUUCAACGACGAUGUCAAGGAUUGGAACCAGAAACGUAAGCUUGCUGCUGAAAAAUUAGUGCUUGCAGGAGGAAGGUGGCCCGAUAAUUUCCAUGCCCCAUUGAAGUACCUUAAAUCUGAAAACUACCCGUUAUCACAGCUGCUGAUUCUGACAGACAUGGAUGAAAGUAAAGAGCCGCAAGACGCUGAAGACGAAAGCUGGCAGGGUGUGCCUGUGGCCAUUCGUGUCUUUGCUGAAACAGAGAGACUCUUGAAGGUAAGGAAAGCAGAGAGAGAAGCACGUAAAUCAGAACAAACAGCUUCUGCGUAG